AUGUCGUUCUCCGACUCCGAUUCCUCAUCCUCCUCCUACGGUGCCGACUACAAGAAUUUCAAGCAAAUCACUCGCGAGCGUUUGUUACAAGAAAUGUUGCGAUCGGCAAAAGCAGGGGACUCAAGGUCAACCUGGAAGGUACUCAUCAUGGAUAAACUUACUGUGAAGAUGAUGUCUUAUGCAUGCAAGAUGGCAGACAUCACGCAGGAAGGAGUUUCUUUGGUGGAGGAUAUAUACAAAAGAAGACAGCCUUUACCCUCCAUGGAAGCCAUAUACUUCAUCCAACCGACUAAAGAGAACAUUAUCAUGUUCCUGUCAGACAUGUCUGGGAAAUCACCCUUAUACAAGAAGGCUUAUGUUUUCUUUAGUUCAUCUGUCUCCCGGGAUUUGGUAACUCAUAUCAAAAGAGAUGGCACUGUGUUACCUCGGAUUGGUGCUUUGAGAGAGAUGAAUUUGGAGUAUUUUGCUAUAGAUAGCCAGGCUUUCCUAACUGACCAUGAAAGGGCUUUAGAAGAGCUUUUCGGGGAUGAAGAAGAUUCCCGAAGAGGUGACGCAGCUUUGAGUGUCAUUGCUACUCGGAUAGCGACGGUUUUUGCUUCACUAAGGGAAUUUCCUUAUGUGCGAUAUCGUGCUGCCAAGUCGCUUGAUGUGACGACAAUGACUACUUCUCGUGAUCUUAUUACCACGAAACUUGCUGCUAGAGUCUGGGAUCGAAUUUCACAGCAUAAACAAAAGAUUGAACAGUUCCCUCAGACUGAAACCUGUGACUUACUCAUCCUUGAUAGAUCUGUGGAUCAGAUUGCUCCCAUCAUUCAUGAGUGGACAUAUGAUGCGAUAUGCCAUGAUCUAUUAAAUAUGGAGGGCAACAAAUAUGUCCAUGAGGUUUCCAGCAAAUCAGGUGCUCCACCUGAGAAAAAGGAGGUCCUAUUAGAGGAACAUGAUCCUGUGUGGGUCGAGCUUCGCCAUGCACAUAUUGCAGAUGCCAGUGUGAGGUUGCACGACAAGAUGACAAAUUUUGUAUCAAAAAACAAAGCUGCACAGAUCCAACAUGGUUCAAGAGAUGGUGGCGAACUUUCUACACGAGACUUACAGAGGAUGGUUCAAUCAUUACCGCAAUACAGUGAGCAAAUUGAAAAGCUCUCUCUUCAUGUAGAGAUCGCAGGGAAAGUUAACCAAAUUAUCAAGGACUCUGGCCUUCGAGACCUUGGACAAUUGGAGCAAGAUCUUGUAUUCGGAGAUGCUGGGACAAAGGAUGUUAUCAAGUAUUUGACUACAAAAGAGGAUGCAAGCCGUGAAAACAAGCUACGAUUGUUGAUGAUUCUUGCAGCAAUAUACCCUGAGAAGUUUGAGGGGGAGAAGGGGUUUAAUCUAAUGAAGUUAGCUAAGUUACCGCAAGAUGACAUGAAUGCUGUAAACAACAUGAGAUUGCUUGGCGGUGCCGCAGAGACUAAGAAAAGCUCAGCUGCUAGUUUCAGUCUGAAGUUUGAUAUAAAGAAGAAGCGAGCAGCAAGGAAAGACCGUGCUGGCCAGGAAGAAACAGGAUGGCAGCUAUCCCGGUUUUACCCCAUGGUAGAGGAACUUGUUGAAAAACUGAGCAAGGGGGAAUUGUCAAAAGAUGAGUACCCGUGUCUAAACGACCCGAGUGCAACCUUUCACGGUACAUCUCCAGCUGCGAUAAUGAAUAGCUCUCCAGCUCCUCACUCCAUGCGAUCAAGACGAACACCAACAUGGGCUCGCCCUCGACACUCCGAUGAUGGUUAUUCAAGUGAGUCGGUGCUAAGGCAUGCAUCUAGUGACUUCAAGAAGAUGGGCCGCCGGAUAUUUGUGUUCAUCGUUGGUGGAGCUACGAGAUCUGAGCUUCGGGCUUGUCACAAGCUGACAAGCAAGCUGCAAAGAGAAGUCGUGCUAGGUUCUACCAGUCUUGAUGAUCCUCCCAAUUUCAUCACGAAGCUUAAACUUUUGACGGCACAUGAACUUUCAUUGGACGAUCUGGAGAUAUGA